CUACUGUUGUUUGCAGUUAAACAACCGUGCCAUGUCACGGUGAGCCAAGAAGCAUUCCACCAGUCGAAAGUGACAAGUCGGGCUACGAUCAACCGAGCAAGUGCCGCUGCCUCGGUGUUGACGCCGAUGGUUGGUGAAGCAAGGAUGAAGAGGCGGGUUGCGGAGGUAAUAGACGCGGAGGCGAGUCAGUGUCCCCGCUCUUUGCGGAGACCGUGGAGUAUCCUCGUCUGAUGCGUUCCCCAGACCGUGGUCAGCCAUGCGACAGUGCAACAAGGGCAGGGCUAUCCAGCCAGGCAUGGAAAAUUAGAGCAUCAAGUAUAAAGGUCCAGCAUGCUGCUGAUAGUGGGUCUCUUCACGCAUCGCAUCUCCCUCCCCACUGCAGCUGUCAACAUCGCCUGCAGUCGCCAUGGCGCUCCCUCCCAAAGUAUACCAGUUCCUCGUGGGUCUGUUUGCAUCCCUUGGUUCGCUGCUCUACGGUUAUGAUCUCGGUGUCAUUGCCCAAGUCAUUGCUUCCGGGGCUUUCAAGCGCGAGUUCAAUGAUCCCGAUCCAAAUGCAAAGGGAGCCGUUGUGUCAGUCUUCACAGGCGGUGCCUUUUUUGGCGCCAUGUUCGGUGGUCCCAUUGGUGACUACCUUGGACGACGACUGACCAUUCUCAUUGGUGCCUGUGUUUUCAUGCUUGGUGGUGCUCUGCAGACUGCUGCCGUGAACCUCAACUACCUCUACGCCGGACGUGUCCUCGCUGGUGUCGGUGUCGGUCAACUUGUGAUGAUCAUCCCCUUAUACCAAUCCGAGUUGGCUCAUCCCAGCAUCCGUGGACGUAUUGGUGGAUUGGUGCAGUUCAUGCUGGGUAUUGGUGCCCUAGCUGCCGCCUGGAUCAGUUAUGGAGUUGAUAUUGGUUUUGAUGCUAGCCAGAACGCUCAAUUCCGUGUCUCUCUGGGUAUUCAGGUCGUACCGGCCUUUUUCUUGGCCGCCCUUAUCAUGUUAUUCCCCGAGUCACCCAGAUGGCUUAUCAGCAAAGGCAAGGUCGAGCAAGGUCUUCAGAACUUGGCCAAGCUCCACGCUCACGGUGAUACAUCCGACGCCUGGGUUCAAGCUGAGUUCGAGCAAAUCCAGGAGGCCCUCACAUAUGAGCGCGAACAUGAGGCUCAAUCCUACAUGGAGCUUUUCCGCGACAGGUCGUGCUUCCGCCGUCUUUUCCUCGCUUGUGCACUGCAAGCCUCUGUCCAGAUGACUGGUGUCUCAGCUAUUCAGUACUAUUCAGUCACUAUUUACAACCAGAUGGGUAUCAGUGGCACCGACGCACUCAAGUACCAGGCCAUAUCUUCCGUUCUUGCUCUUUGUGGACAAGCGCUCUGUAUCGCCUUCAUCGACCGAUUGGGACGCCGCUGGACCUUGAUUGGUGGCAACCUCGGUAAUUGCCUUACCUUCAUCGUUUCAACCACUAUGUUGGCUGUUUUCCCUCCUGGUGCAACAGGUAACAAGAGUGCUUCUUGGGGCUUCAUUGCUGUUACCUGGCUGUACAACUUCUGCUUCAGCUCCACCUGCGGACCGCUAUCUUGGAUUAUUCCUGCCGAAAUUUUCGACACCAAGACUCGUUCUAAGGGUGUGUCCAUCGCCACCAUGACAUCUUUCGCCUUCAAUACUAUGAUUGGUCAAGUCACUGAGCUCGGCAUGGAAACUGCAGGAUGGAAGUUCUACCUGCUGUUCGUCAUCUGCAACUUCACCAACGCCAUCUUCUUCUACUGCUUCCUGCCCGAGACUGCCAAGCGCCCGCUUGAGGAGAUGAACUACCUCUUCACGAACGCUCCUCUCUUCGUGCCCGGUAUGAACAAGAACGACUUUCCCACCGACCUCGAGCGCCGUGUCGAGGAAGUUGCUGCCAAGCAAGGCUCAAUAUCCCAUGCCGAGCAUGUGGAGGCCAAGGUGUAGGAAUGACACAAAUGGCGCGCUGUAACAGCAUAUGUACUUUAGUUUGCUCAUGAUAAAAC